CAUCCGCAAUCUUUUUUCUUUCCCCAAAGAGAAUCUGGUUUACGAGAAAGCUGUCCGUUGCUUCUUAAAAAGAGGCAAAAUGUUUCUUUCAUAUUUUUAAGAGAGCGAGAGAGAGAUAAAAAAAAGGAAAGAAAUCCGACAUUUGGUUGUGAUCCAAAGAGGUUGGCUUUUGGCACAGAUCUCAGCCGCCUUUUAUACGCGUAAACUUGGGCGAGAUUGGAGGCCGCCGGAAUGCCAUUGGACGUCGGUCUGAAGUAUUAUAGAUCGUGGCUCCGGGAGGGGGUGAGGAGGGAGUGGGUGAAUAGGGUGAUGGUGGGUGUAUGGCAAGGGGUAACGCAAGCACCUCCCCUAGAAAUGCAGCAAAUCUCUCCCGUGUUCUCCUGGUGCGGGGCUCUAUCUACUAAAAAAAAAGGAGGGAGGGGAUGGAGGAGAGGGGGGGCACUCAAUCCCACCCCCCCUGAGCGCCACAGUACCGCAUUGGCAUCAGUGAAGGCACCUGGACGCACCUAACGCCCACCCCACGCGCAAAAAAAGACACUUUCUGCGGUCGGUGCGUAAAGCUUUACGCACGGCGUCUGGGAGCCCCCCCCCCCAAAAAAAAGACAGCGAGGAAGCGUCUAACAUCGAGGAGGAGAGGACAGGACAAGGGAAGGAGAGGAGUGGGGGUGCGGGAUGCAGAAGCGGAGCAGCGACGUCUGAAGGUGAAAUGAUCCUGAGGAGAAGCACACUGAGGAAGAAGUGGAGAUAGCGAUUAAAAAAAAAAGAAUCAUCAUAAACCGUCGGUGUCUUAAUCAGAGCUCGUCCUUCCCCCCCAACCCUCCCUUCGCCCACCCACUCUCGUGUCUUGUGGAUGCAACGAAGCGGACGCCGCCACCCAAAGUAGCCUCUUUUGUAUAUUGGAUCAGAAGAGGAGAAAUUAAACGCAAACAUGGCGACGUUAAUCCGGAGCAAACUGUCCAAUAAACUGUCCAACGCGGCCACGACCGUCACCAACAAAUCCCAGGCCAAAGUCAGCGGCAUGUUCGCCAGGAUGGGCUUCCAGGCCGCCACCGACGAGGAGGCGCUGGGCUUCGCCGCCUGCGACGACCUGGACUAUGACCACCGGCAGGGCAUGCAGAUGGACAUCCUGGCCGCCGACGACAAGGCGGCGGUGGCGGCGGAGGGAGGAGGGGAAGGCGGGGCAGCAGGCGGCUUGGAUGGGGACAGCCACUACCAGAGGGACGGCACCGGGCCGUCGCGUUCGUCCUCCAAGGACGGGGGUUCGAACGAACUGUCCGAGGUCAGACCCAAGAUCACGGCUUGGGAGGCGGGAUGGAACGUCACCAACGCCAUCCAGGGGAUGUUCGUCUUGGGCCUUCCGUACGCCAUCCUGCACGGAGGCUACCUGGGCCUCUUCCUGAUCAUCUUCGCCGCGGUGGUGUGCUGCUACACGGGCAAGAUCCUGAUCGCGUGCCUGUAUGAGGAGGACGAGGACGGCCGGCUGGUGCGCGUGCGCGACUCGUACGUGGACAUUGCCAACGCUUGCUGCGCGCCGCGCUUCCCGGCGCUGGGCGGCCACGUGGUCAACGUGGCGCAGAUCAUCGAGCUGGUGAUGACGUGCAUCCUGUACGUGGUGGUGAGCGGCAACCUGAUGUACAACAGCUUCCCCAACAUGCCCAUCUCGCAGAAGUCGUGGGCCAUCAUCGCCACGGCGGCCCUGCUGCCCUGCGCCUUCCUCAAGAACCUGAAGGCGGUGUCCAAGUUCAGCCUGCUGUGUACGCUCGCCCACUUUGUCAUCAAUGUGCUGGUGAUCGCCUACUGCCUGUCGCGGGCGCGGGUGUGGGCGUGGGACAAGGUCAAGUUCUACAUCGACGUCAAGAAGUUCCCCAUCUCCAUCGGCAUCAUCGUGUUCAGCUACACGUCGCAGAUCUUCUUGCCGUCGCUGGAGGGCAACAUGCAGAAGCCCAGCGAGUUCCACUGCAUGAUGAACUGGACGCACAUCGCCGCCUGCAUCCUCAAGGGCCUCUUCGCCCUGGUGGCCUACCUGACGUGGGCCGACGCCACCAAGGAGGUGAUCACGGACAACCUGCCGCAGGGCAUCCGCGCCGUGGUCAACCUUUUCCUGGUAGCCAAAGCGCUGCUCUCCUACCCGCUGCCCUUCUUCGCCGCCGUGGAGGUCCUGGAGAAGAGCUUCUUUCAGGAGGGCGGCCGCGCCUUCUUCCCGGACUGCUACGGCGGCGACGGACGACUCAAGUCGUGGGGCCUGAGCCUGCGCUGCGGCCUGGUGGUUUUCACGCUGCUCAUGGCCAUAUACGUGCCGCACUUCGCGUUGCUCAUGGGCCUGACGGGGAGCCUGACGGGCGCGGGCCUCUGCUUCUUGCUGCCCAGCCUCUUCCACCUCAAGCUGUUGUGGAGGAAGCUGCAAUGGCACCAGGUCUUCUUCGACGUGGCCAUCUUCGUCAUCGGCGGGAUAUGCAGCAUCUCCGGCUUCAUCCAUUCCAUGGAGGGGCUCGUGGAGGCCUUCAAGUACAACAUUGAGGAGUAGACUCUCCCUCGUCCUCCCCCUUCUCCUCUUCUCGCUUCAGUUCAUGCGUAAAAGCGCACGCUCGCAACCAUCCAGUCUUGCGCAACCGCCCCGCUAUACCCUCCUGUCACGAGGCCUUGCAUUGACAUACGACAGAAAUAUCACAAAACACAAUAGUCUGAUGUGGGUGUACCUAAUAAAUUGGCUGCCCCCUCCUCCCCCACCGAGAACAGUUGUCCCCGUAAUCUACUCGACUGAUAUGUUCUCAUUUCUUGAGGGCAAGAUGCGCUGAGAUAUUUCAUCUGCGCUUUCCUUUUUCUCGCCUUGUAGAAGCGCGUGCUCCCACCUAUCUCAUCUUACGUAUGUGGAAAAAAAAUCAAUAAGAAUUAGCAGCGCCCACCCAUGGAAAAUCAAACAUUAUCGUCUUCUUCCACUUAAUCUGCUUGACUGACGCUACCAUUAAAUACAAAUUUCUUUUCGGGGGUGGUCAUAAAAUGAAUCAUCCGGCAGUCCCCAGCUUCGCGGUUCAAUUUAAAUACGCACGCUCGCAACCAUCCGGUUUGGGCACCGCGCCGCUACGCGCCCUCCUGCAAUGAGGCCUUGCGAGAAAUAAACGCAAUAUGCAUUCGUCUGAUGUGGGGUCGUGCCAAAUUGGCAGUGUACAUCUAUGAGAACAAUCAAUAGUUUGGCUUCUUCCUAUUUGUCUGCUUGGCAUAUGAAGUGCGAAUUUCGUUAACGCCUGUUGCAAUAAGAUUAAUCAUCCACAGCCAAAAAUGUCCAAACCCAACGGCAAUAACCUUCAGUAGAAAAAAAUAAGCAGCUUUGGAAAACAAAUAGGUAACCACAGCAAAAGUAUUUGUUUGUCUCAUUUUCCUAUCUACAGUUUUAGUAAAAUCAAUAUUUGUUUCAGUUUACGAACAUAACUCUCAAUUUCCAAAUGUAAACACUUACAUUUGGAACACUUAUUUCUUGCAAAAAAAUGAAAUAUGGUUAGAAUACCCUCCAAAGAUCUUUUUUGGUGGGUGGGGGAGUUAAUUGCUUAAUUCCAGAGUUGGAGUUUAUAUAGUCAACAAAAAAGUUGGAGAUUGGACCGAACAAGCAGCUACUCAAACUAUGCACUGAAUGUAUGAUAUUUAGCUCACAGACACGCGCAUGCAUGCGCUCGCUCGCUCGCUCGCACACACACGCACACACACAAAGAAAAGAAAUAAGUUAGAAGGGGAUAUUACAUUUUUAAAAAAGGUAAUUAAUUGGAACCCCCCCCCCCCCAAACUUUUUCUUUAUAACAUUUAUUUGAUUGGCAGCUCCCAAAUCCCAAACCUCCCUCUGCAUAUACAAAAUGCUGUUUGUCAUCUCAUUUCAAACACGUGGCUUGCAAAAACAUGAAAUUAUGAAUUUGGUGUAUGCAAAAUAUUAAUUUAAAAAAACAGGGAAGGGAGAAAGAGAGGAAAAAGUGCAUACGGACAUUUUUCAUUCUGUGCAAUCAAAUGGGGUCCUGUGGAAACGUUAUUUAAAAAAAAGAGACGAAAACAACAAACGUACUUGUAGUGUGUUUAUUAUUGUGGUUUCAAAACAGAUGGAAUGUAUAUCUCAAAGUCGUUAUCAUAUAUCGUGGAAAUCAAUAUUAAAGAAUAACAGAUGAAAAUAAGUGAAAUUAUAUUGUAAAAAAUCGUGUGGUCUUAUGUAACACUAAAACGAUCAAAACAUGUUUUUUUCUCAGUAAUAAAGAACAGAAAAUAAUGUGAAAAGUA